UGCAGUAAGAAACAGUUCCGCUUGUCUUGGAUUUGGUUGACACAAUGUAAGGGCUUGUGACCACGAAUGAGCAGGAUCCAGUUAGAUCCAGGUUUUACAUUUUCCCUUCUUAAGAAAGUAAGGCUUCGACAUUUCCUGCCUGGGAAGUGGUGCAGUUUAUCUUUAAGGAGGCUAGAGAAAUAAGAAAUGAGUCUCACGUUGCAUGGGUGACAUCACUGGCUUUUGGCUCAGCGCUCUGUAUUCUCUGUCUGUAGGCUUUAGCCAAGGCUGCAGGGCUCGGUGUUUGAACAAGGAAAGAUUCCCAGGUGUACAGAAGAUUGGAUUCGCUCUUAUUUGGGUUAAAAACGGUGAAAUGAGAUUUCUAAAGCUUGGGGACUCCAGCUCGCCUUCUGUUGCACUUGAUCUCUACAAGAUGGGUGAGUUAUUCCCAUUAGAGAGAGAGGGAGUGGAAAUUUAAGGAGGAAAAAAAAAAAAAAAAAGAAAAAAAAAAUGUCUGAAUAUAUAACUGCUGAUGCUGGGGAUACGAUUCGUACGAAGCUGCUGUGCUAAAAAUCUCAGCUCCGACGUGGAGAUCGGGCCAUAUGGCAGAGAAAUGGUGCAGACCGAAAGCUGCUGACAACAGUUAGGGGCUGCCGCCUUCUCCCCGUGUAAGAUGGCUAACGUGCCGCCGUGUUAGGAAAACUGUGCACAACACAUCCCAGCGCCGGGGACGGAGGAAGCUUUUCAGAUACCAGCGGAAAGAGGAGGGGGGGUGGGGGUGGGGGUGCGGGAGGGUGGGGGGUGCGUGUGCGUUUGUGUGUGUGGGGGGAAAAAGGAAAAAAAAAAAAAAAAAAAAAAAAAAAGAACGAUGCCGGGGCCGAGGAGCGCUUCCAGUGCCGCCUAGCCGGAGGUGCGCGGGCUCCGCGGGAAGGGACCGGGGCGUUCCGCUGCCUGGAUGACAGCGCAGACGACAAAAGCAAGCGAGUGAAUGGCGAGGCCGGCGGAGAGGAGCCGAGGUGUUGCCGAAGCCGAGAUGUCAGUGACUGUCAGCGAAGUCUGCUAAGGGAAGAGACCUGUGCACGCCUGCCUUUCCAGUUCCAGCCGGGGAGGUUGUAUUUUAGCCGCGAUUUAAAACAGCAGCAGCAGCAACAACAGAUUGCUCCCCGCUCUUGCUCCCUCCCCUUCGACCCCGCUUUAAACCCCAGCAAGUGACCGACCGUCCAGAUGAUGAUGCUCUUGCUGAGCCACUGACAAAGCAAAGGCAAGUCACCCGUUGCCGAAACCGGGAUAACCUCCUGCUUGCAAGAGGGAGAUCUUGAGCUGCUGAACUUUUCUGUGAUGUCCUGCGAUGAUGCUGUGGUGAGCCUGCUGAUCUGAAAGCCAUCUCUUCUGGUAUUUCUGAGCUGGCCAGAUUGAAAGAGAUUAAUGGACUGAUCAGCCGUAGCUUUCGGGUCUCUUCAGGGGGCAUAUACCCCUUCAGUCCCUGGUACUCGUGGUGAGGGGAGCAGGACAUCUUUGUAUAGGUGGGUCGCUGGCUCGCUCCCGUUCGAGGUGGAAGGCUGUGUUUCUCCUCCCCAGGUCUCCUCCGCAGAGGAGAAGAGACAGAUGAGACUCCAGGACUGCCUCCAGGGCAGAACUUUGUAGCGCUCUCAGCAUCCCUCUGCAGCGUGGAUGUGAGCCAUGGGAGUUGGGGAUGUUUGAGGCAGUCUCUGGCAAGUGACACCUAGCAGCUGCUCCGGAGGUUUUUGCGUGGUCUCACGCUCAAGGGCUUUGCCUGUUGUGAAGAUGUCCAUGGUGUUUCUGUGAAGCUGAGGUAUGGCUGCUGGAAGGUUACUGCUCUAUGCUGGCCUCUCUUUAGCUCUGUGUGCCCUGGGCAUGCUGGCUGUGGCAAUCUGCUCUGACCAUUGGUACGAAACUGAUGCCAGGAAGCACAGAGAGAGGUGCAAGAGCAUCACCACUAAGAGAAAUGAUCCUGGCUUCAUUUACAACUCCAACAACAACCUGCCUCUCAGGGCCAGCAGGUCUAGGUUGGACCGCUGGGAAGGGAAACUCCUCUUGGCAAGAAACAGGAGGCAGAUCUUUGCUAUGAGCGCAGUCGACGAGUGCAACAGACAGUACAACUCGACCAACAUGGGGCUCUGGAGGAAAUGCCACCGACAAGGAUUCGACCAAGAGCUGGAGGAGCUGAUUGCCAAAGGAGCAAUUGAGCGGUGCACAUACAUCAAGUACCACUACUCCUCAGCCACCAUUCCCAAGAACCUCACCUACAACAUCACCAAGACAAUCCGCCAGGAUGAGUGGCACGCCUUGCAUCUGCGCAGGAUGACAGCUGGCUUCAUGGGCAUGGCUGUGGCCAUCAUCCUCUUUGGAUGGAUUAUUGGGGUGCUGGGGUGCUGUUGGGAUCGAGGCCUUAUGCAGUAUGUGGCGGGGCUUCUCUUCCUCAUGGGAGGAACCUUCUGCAUCAUUUCACUGUGCACGUGCGUGGCUGGAAUCAACUUUGAGCUCUCCCGCUACCCCCGCUACCUGUACGGACUUCCCGACGACAUCAGCCAUGGCUAUGGCUGGUCCAUGUUCUGUGCGUGGGGGGGCCUGGGCCUCACUCUUAUCUCUGGCUUCUUCUGCACUCUGGCCCCUUCUGUCCAACCUGUCCCCAGGACCAACUGCCCCAAAUCUAGACCUGAGAAUGGGACAGUGUGCUAAAACAAAUAGCAAACAGAUACACACACCCCCCUACAUAUAUAUAUAUAUGUCUAUGUAUAUCUAUACAUGCAUAUAUAUGUAUAUAUAAUUAUACAUAUAUAUAUAAUCUGAAAUUAAUGCCAGUGCCAAGGUAUAGCUGAGUCCAACACGGCACUCACAUCUCCACCGGACUCUGUGUUGCUUCGUUCUUUCUCACAGCGAUGGGAAAGCUUUUCUCUCACAUGGCUCUUCCAUCCAGCUCUUAACUUCAGCAUCAUACCUUAGAGGUCGAAUGAACAUACAGUUGCACCUACCUACUGCCGUUUGGGAAAGGGAACAGGGGGUCUGUGUGGGGGAUCUGGAGCCAGAAUCUGUACAGGACGUGGAGGGUGGGGCGAGGGGGACAAAAAGCCUGUCCAUUGCAGCCAGAAGGGAAAAUGCAAACAGCAAGCAAAGGAACAAAUCAAGCAUUUGAGCCACCUCUACAACGUACCUCCUCAAGGCCAUUAUCAGAAACCCACCCACUUACUUUUUCUUUCUUAAAACAAAGUGACAGAAGCCUGUCCUGUCAUUGGUUUUGUUUUGGGUUUU